GCGGAGCAGCAGGCAUCGGGCCCCCAGGCGGAGCGGCGGGCGCCGGACCCCCAGAUGGAGCGACAGGUCUCGGGCCCUCAGGCGGAUCGGCGGGCGCCGGACCCCCAGGUGGAGCGACAGGUCUCGGGCCCUCAGGCGGAGCGGCGGGCGCCGGACCCCCAGAUGGAGCGACAGGUCUCGGGCCCUCAGGCGGAUCGGCGGGCGCCGGACCCCCAGGUGGAGCGACAGGUCUCGGGCCCUCAGGCGGAGCGGGCGGGCGCCGGACCCCCAGGUGGAGCGACAGGUCUCGGGCCCUCAGGCGGAGCGGCGGGCGCCGGACCCCCCAGGUGGAGCGACGGGUCUCGGGCCCUCAGGCGGAGCGACAGGUCUCAGGCCCCCAGGCGGGGCGGCGGGCGCCGGACCCCCAGGUGGAGCGACAGUUAUCGGGCCCCCAGGCGGGGCGACAGGCAUCAGGCCCCCAGGCGGGGCGACAGGCAUCGGGCCCCCAGGCGGGGUGACAGGCAUCGGGCCCCCAGG